UGUUUUUGUAUCUGCUUUAGAUCAGCUUGAACUGCGAAGUUGCGUUGAUAAAUCGUCGCUGGUGUCAAGUCUUAUAAAAUAAAGUUCUUAUUGCAUUCAUUUUAGAAGACAGCUGACUCUUAAUUGUUAAAAAACGUAUGUGACGGGAUAUAGCGUGAAAUGGCAAUUGCUUGCAAACUUUGAAGGGAAUUCCUUGUGAUCUUUUCCCCCUGAAUUUGGGCGAGUGCAAUAAGAUCAAGGCGCCUGUCGUCAUUGAAGCAAGAGAAAGCCUCAUGUUUUCGCCAAGCCAGGAGGAGCACUGUGCCCCAACUAAAGACCCAAUAAAAUACGGGGAGCUGGUGGUAUUAGGGUACAAUGGCUCCCUUCCAAACGGAGACCGGGGCAGAAGGAAAAGCCGGUUCGCCCUGUACAAGAGAACCAAAGCCAACGGUGUUAAACCCAGCACUGUGCAUAUUCUCAACACACCACAGGCCAGCAAGGCGGUGAACUGCAAAGGGCAGCACAGUAUUUCCUACACACUGUCCAGGAACCAGACAGUAGUGGUAGAAUACUGCCAUGACAAAGACACCGACAUGUUUCAGAUUGGCCGCUCCACAGAGAGCCCUAUAGACUUUGUGGUGACGGACACAGUGUCUGGGGGUCAGGAAGGAGAGGAGACGCCCAUCACUCAGAGCACAAUCUCUCGCUUUGCUUGCCGUGUUGUCUGUGAACGAGUACCGCCUUACACCGCUCGCAUCUACGCCGCCGGCUUUGACUCCUCCAAGAACAUCUUCCUGGGGGAGAAAGCAGCCAAGUGGAAGAACCCAGAUGGUCACAUGGAUGGGCUGACGACCAAUGGCGUGCUGGUGAUGCACCCCAGAGGGGGCUUUACGGAGGAGUCCAAGCCAGGUGUAUGGAGGGAGAUCUCUGUGUGUGGGGAUGUUUACACCUUGAGAGAGACCCGCUCUGCUCAGACCCGUGGCAAACUGGUGGAGUGUGAGAGCAAUGUGCUGCAGGACGGCUCCCUGGUAGACUUAUGCGGAGCCACCCUGCUAUGGCGCACGGCUGAUGGCCUCUUCCACACGCCCACACAGAAGCACCUGGAGGCCCUGCGGCAGGAGAUUAACGCGGCGCGUCCCCAGUGUCCGGUGGGCCUCAACACCCUGGCCUUCCCCAGCAUGCAGCGCAGCCGCGCCGUCUCCUCCCUGGAGGACAAACAACCCUGGGUCUACUUGGCCUGUGGCCACGUGCAUGGCUACCACAACUGGGGCCACCGUUCUGAGCAGGAGCCAAACGCCCAGCGGGAGUGCCCCAUGUGCCGAACCGUGGGCCCCUACGUGCCCCUGUGGCUGGGCUGUGAGCCGGCCUUCUACGUGGACGUGGGCGCGCCGACACACGCCUUCGUGCCCUGCGGACACGUGUGCUCUGAGAAGUCGGCAAAGUACUGGGCGGAGAUCCCUCUGCCCCAUGGCACCCAUGCCUUCCACGCCGCAUGCCCAUUCUGUGCCACCCAGCUCAGUCUCACUCAGGGCUGUGCCAAGCUUAUUUUCCAGGGCCCCAUCGACUGAGCUGGGGGGCCUUGGGGGCUGUGGAACGGGCUGAAGGAGGUGGGCCAACAUGCUGUGAAACUGGUUGGACUAUUUAGUGCUUUCUGUUCGUUUUUAUCACCAGACUGUGAAGAGGAGAAACUCAUCACAAGGCUGAUGGUGUACUUCAACUAUGCUCCAGGUUUCAGUGUAAAUGAGUGUCAAGGCCGUGGUCCCGCUGCACAGUGUUUGGUUUGGGCUUCUGGUCAUCUGGAUAGCUGCGUGGCGUUGAGUCCGUGGAGACCCAGAGCACAGCAGGUCUGACCGCAGAAACCCAACCUACUGUUUAUCUCCCACCCACCAGCUUUUAAACUCUAGACUCUUCAACCUAAAAUGGCUGGUCAUUUCAAAUGGAAGGGCUACAAUACGGGUCAUGUUGUUUUGUCCCCAUGUUAUUGACCAUUGACUCCAAACAGAUCUGUUGCGGAUGGUUUGGUCUGGGGGA